AUGCUUCUCCCGUGGACCUGCCUGGCGUUGCUCGCCAGCAGCCUGGGCCUUGCCGCCGCCCAGGAUGCGCCUGAGAUCAAGAGCAUCCCGCUCCGCACCCACAGCUUGCAACCGCCCUACCUGGAUUCGGACAUGCAAAGCCGCUGGUUCGACUUCGGCGGCGACACGGUUGUGCGGACGGACAAGUACGUCCGGCUGACGGCCGACAAAGGCUCGCGCUCGGGCUGGCUGUUCUCGCGCGUGCCGCUGACAGCGACCAACUGGGAGGUUGAAUUCGAGUUCAAGAUCCAUGGCUCGGGCAACCUCUACGGCGACGGCAUGGCGCUGUGGCUGACCAAGCAGCGCGCCCAGCAGGGCCCCGUCUUCGGCAGCGUCGACAAGUUCGAGGGCUUGGGCAUUUUCUUCGAUACGUACAAGAACAACAGACCCGGUGUCGUCUUCCCUUAUGUUAUGGCUAUGCUGGGUGACGGCCAGACCAGCUACGACAAGAACACGGAUGGAAAAGCGCAGGAAUUGGCUGGCUGCUCUGCCCGCGGCCUCCGUAAUGCCGCCAUUCCCACCAAGGCUAAGCUGACGUACUUCGCCGAGAAGUCACUGAAGCUGGAGCUGCAGUACAAGUCGGAGAAUGACUGGGUCGAAUGCUUUUCGGUGACAGAUGUUAAGAUCCCGCCCGUCGCGUACCUGGGCUUCAGCGCCGAGACGGGCGAGCUCGCCGACAACCACGACCUCAUCUCGCUCUCUACCAAGAACCUGUACCAGCCCAGCGCCGCCGGCGUCGAUGGCCAGCCGCCCAAGGACCGCGGCCGUGCCCGCGCCCAGAAGCUCCAGGCCCAGCAGCGCAAGAAGCAGAGCGAAGGCGGCUGGGGCUGGUUCCUGUUCAAGUUCCUCCUUUUCGGCAUGGUGCUGGCUGGCGCGUACGUCGGCUUCACCGCGUACAGGACGCAGAGGAUGAGGUCGAGGUUUUAA